CAAAACAUUGAUCGGGAGAGAAAUUCAAACAUUGUCGGCGAAAACAAACGCAACGAAUCAGAUUAUUCUUAUGGCAGGGACCCGGAUAUGUUACAACAAGAUGAAGAAAAAAGCAAAAAUAAACAAAAGGCGGAGUCUGCGGAUUCUUAUGGAAAAGAUUAUGACAAUGCAUUUGAAAGUGGAUCACGUUUUAAUAAUACUAAAAAUCUAUGGAUACCAGGCAGCAACAAUCGACUUGAUAUUCAGAAGGAAUGGCAGGAUAAAGGUAUAACCAGUUCCGGAAGAACAAAUCAUUCGUACGCAGAUAUUAAUGCCCUUCCAAUACCAAACACUACGAAGCCCCGAAAGCAAUCUAAUAGGUGCAGAAUAAUUCAAGUUGUUGGUGUCGUGCUUGUCCUAGCUGUGCUUGAAGUAAUAACAUUUUUUAUUGUGCGGAAUUUUUCAUCAAAAGCGGAAGAGGUUGUAUGCGGUUUGAACGAAAUGAAGGAACCAUCCGGAUCAUGCAAACCUGUGGUGUGUGAGGACAAUCCUGUAGUUCAAAACGGACUGGUAAAUGUAUUAAAAAAAGCGAUCAACUCAACGGCAAAGUUACAGUGCAACCCUGGAUUCAUGGCAAAUACAAAUGUCAAUUUUCAAUGCAUGACAAACGGGUCUUGGGUAAGUGAUUCCGAAGCAGCGUGCUUUUUGCAUCCAUGCGGACCAUACUCACUAUCUGAUAAUGUUAUAGUGAGCGAGGAUCUAAGCCAUAUCAACAUGUCAAUUACAUUGCGAUGUGCAGAGGGCUUUGAUUUUAAAAACGAAAGUGAAAACCAGAUUCAAUGUGUAAACAAUACAUGGAUAGGAACACCUGUAUGUGAAAUACCAGGUAUAUUAACAACGGAGACAACAAGUUCUCCAGUAAACGUUGGGGAUUCGUUUGAUAUUUUAUGUCGCCUCAGAGAAUCAUCUAGUUGGCAAACAGUCAUGGUAUUUCGAUCUGGCCACUCAAAUGAUUCUGUUCCGAACCAAUUAUUCAGCAUUUCUUACAACCAUACCAGUGGUAUACGGUAUGGUGCAACCACUUUCCGGGAAAACGUGUCAACUUUCAGAGAUGGUGUUCACCUUCGGUUAACGUUCGAUACAGCUAACUGUGAUGACACAGGGGUUUACACAUGUGCCGUGAUUGUUGGUGAUAUACAAGUUCCUACAGACCAAAAAAACACGUCGACAGAAAUCAAAGUGAUAGAAACAGCUUCAAAAAUAAAGGAAAUAAUCGCUUCAGCAUCCUAUGUUCAAGGGGACGAUGCCAAUGUCGUGUGCAAGGGACUUAUUGGUAAAGAUGAAAACGAGAAAAAACUCGGAGACAUAUCUGUGAGAAUAUAUUGGGACGAGGAAACAAGCAAGGAUAUUAACUCUGUCAUUGAUUCAACACAUUCUUCCGGCUGCCAAGUUGAUGAAAUUGUUAAUGCAUCAUUCGUUAUAACAAACGAUAUGCAUGGAGCUGAGUUACAGUGUAUUGCUCGUGGUGAUGAUGGUAGUCGCGAUAAAAAGAGUAUUCUCUUGAAUGUGACAACCACAAAAAUACAGAUAUCUUCCUCAGCGUCAACAGUUGACAUAGGCGAAUACUUUAGUAUUUCUACACAGCUUACUUAUAUUCGAGGAUGGAGUACACUAGAACUGCGAAAAAACUGUAGCGGCACAGAGAUCACUAUUGUCUCUAUACAGAAGAAUGAUACGCUCUCCAACCUGACCAUAGAAGAACACAUCGACCUGAUAGAUAGUGAUAUAAACAAUACGACAGCAAGACUGACUUUUCAAUUUCGAAACGUAACAUGUAGCGAUGCAUGUAAGAAAGGCGGUGAUAUUGUAUACAUAAGUACUGUAAAAAUUGAUGACAGCUGGGUGAUGGAGUCGGAAAGAAUAGAAUUUAAAAUGAAUCCAUCCGUGCCUGUUCUUACGCUAGGACAAGAUAAGUUCUACAAGGGACAAGAGGCGACUUUGAAGUGUACAGGAAACAUUGGUAUACCCACACAUAUUAUGAGCAUCACAGAAGAUAAUGUCGUUCUAAAAUUGCCACCCUCAAGUUCAGAAAUUUAUCUGAAUCCGGAAACAUGUGAAAAUGUUGAAACAAUUUCGCACGAAUUUGAAGUCAAAGACGAAAUGGAAGGCCGUAGAUAUCAAUGUGUUACCAGUUUUACGAAUGGAACCAAACUGUCGUCGAAUGUAGAGAUUUUGAAUGUUACUGAUCCAAUUUUAUAUUUCACUGAGGAAAGCAAGACGGGAACUGUAGGAAACACCAAAUCGAUUCAAUGUAUCCUCACUGAAACGACAAAUCUUAGCUACGUUGUCGUCAGUAGGUUUUCUACCGAGGAAACACUAUGUGAAGUAAACACAACAGGCAAAGGAACAUGUAACAAUAAAGCAGAGUUUUCUGUACAUGGAACCCUGUCUGAAAACAGCGGAGUUUUCACCACGACGCUGACCAUACAUAACGUAUCGUGUAACAAUAAGGUUAUGUAUUCAUGCAAAGCUAUAGGAAUCAACACCUUGAAAACAUCAAUGGAUUUCAAAGUCAUAGCUGCACCUACUAUCCCUAACUUACGCCUCCCAACAACAAUAGUAGAAGAACAAAUGUCGGAAUGGGAGGAUCUUUUCAAGUGUGAUGCAUUCCUUGGAUAUCCUGCAAAUAACAGGAGGUUGAAGAUCGAAAAUAAAGCUAAAGGUUCGGAUUCCUUCAAAGAUUACAUCACACAAACUUUUGAAAAUGGAGAUUGCGAUGGAGCUUCCUCUAUUGAAAGAACGCAACACAUGUUUCCGCGUACCAUGAAUGGCUCGACUAUUAGAUGUGUGGUCACAGAUGAAAACAAUAAUAUAUUAACAUCUAGUGCCGAGAAAGAACUUCGAAUCCUGAAAAAUGUUUGUCUCGAUGAAGGGACAGGACAGUUUGACCCUCAUCCCUAUAAUUGCAGACGAUUCAUUAGAUGUGUUGGCAAUCGUUUAUAUGAUUUAGAGUGUGCUUCAGGCUCGUGUUCUCUUUGGGACUCAGACCCAAUAUGUAACAGUAAAUAUUGUUCAUCUUGUUGACCUAGUAGUAUGUGAAGUAAUUAAUGAGUGUUGUAAAGACAUUUACAUAGACAGGAAAGUUACACUUUUUAUGACAUUGAUGUUAUUGAUACCAAUUAAAUUUUAUCAACCAAACUUAUAGAUGAGAUUCUAACAAUUGAUUGGUAAUGAUGUAUUUGUAUUUGUCAAUCUUGUACUUUUGAAAAUGACUAAAACAAAAUCGUGAUAUUUGGCGAAUAACAUAGUCAUGAUGAUUCUGACUGUAGCCUAUAUAGAUUUCUUCUAGGAAUUUUAAAAAGAUAAUUAACAAGUCUUCUUUUGAAGAUCAAACUUGAUGAUAUAUAUCAAUGGGUUAAAGUGGUUAAGUCAACAAUUAGCACAUUAUUAUUUCCAGUAUUAAACAAACAAUAGACAUGCAUCAUACUGAUAUUCUUAUGAACUGUUUGGUAGAGUUCCAGAGUAAUGUAAUAUGAACAAAUAUAUGAUAUGAUACAAUUAUUUUAAUAUGAAAUAAAUAUGAUGGUAGAAUAUCAUUGUGGUGAAAAAUAUUUUGCUCUGAUACGUGUGUAUAUGAUAUGUCAUCAAAUUAUGCACCUAACACUUAUCAACAAGAUUCAUAUAUAGUUUAUCGUGGUUUGUUUUAACGUAUAAAUCUUAAGACGAGCUAUCAACAUAAUUAUUUUUGUAUAACAGAUCUUUACUUACGAACUUAUUCAAUUUAAUACUGAAUUAAACUUUAAGAAUAAAUGUAUAAAUAUUCACAACCCUAAAAUGAUAAUUUAUUGUGUAUUUAAAGUUUGACAGCAUGGACUAUUUCUAUCACCACAUUUUCACGUCCUUGCUGAUAGUUGGAAUCUAUGGAUAUUGAAAAUUCGAGUUAGUUCCAAUUUCAAUUUUGCGCACUGUACAACUUUUAAACAUAAAACAUACUUAUAAGUCGAAAAUGUUAGGUUAAAAUGUUACAAAGGCAAUUAUUGUAGAUUUUUUUCUUUAGUAACCAAUACACGAUAUGACGAAUGCAGAAUAUUAUUAUGGAGUUUUAUACUAAACUUCAAACAUUUAUUGUUUAAAGGAUAAACGGAUAAAAUAUUUCAUCUAAAAAUGAUUAUGUAAAAGGGAAAUUGAAACUUUUGAUCGGUAAAAGUAUGACAAAUAGUUAAAUUAUAAAGGUAGGCUGUCCAAACAUUCAUGUAUCUUCAAAAAGUAAAUUUCUUUGAAAUACGUAGCAUAUGUAUCUAAGUGUAUCUUGAAUUGCCAAUGUGGAUUGCCUUCCUCUGUUUUAGGUUUUUACUAAAUAUAAACUCUUCUUUUGUGCACAUUGUUUUUUUCUUCACCUUUUUAGUUCGUUUACAAUUAGUAUAAAGAUUUUGUGUGUUACGAUUUUUGUUUGUUAAAAGUGGUUUCCGGCAGCUGAUAACUUCUUUUUAGGGACAAAUUAUUAAACGGUAGGAUGGUUAUCCUAAGGUUUCUUCAAACAUUUGGUCCAAUCAUAAUAUUCUUUAAUCGCUAACGUUUCGGAAAAGUAAUAUAUUCAUGCUCACAAUUUUCCGGUUUUUCUUUAAGUUUGUAAAAUGUAGCACUACUCCCGGCACCGUCUUUAAAUUAUUGUAGCGUUUGGGGUUAUUUAUUUUAUUUUAUCUUUUAUUUAUCUUGUUAAUCAUCAUCAUCAUCAUCAUCAUCAUCAUCAUCAUCAUCAUCAUCAUCAACAACAACAACAACAGCUUCCACCGUAAUCCACAUCUUUCAUAUUAUUUAUCACCGUCAUCACCAUCAUAUAAAACAGCAUUAUCACUACCAUCAUCUUCAUUUUCAUCAACAACAUUUAUUGUAAAACACUUACAUCAAACAACAUAAAACAACUUCCAAAAUUUUCUCAAGUCUAUUAAUAAAUCAAAUUAUAUUACAUGUUUAUCAUACGGUUCUUUUUGGUGGCUUAAUAUUUACUGUUUUAGAUAGCUAUGCUUAUACAACUCAUUCAUGUGUUUUUAAUAAAAUAUAUUUACAAUUAA